GAUACUUUCUUAUUACGUCAAUCAUACUCUGCUUCUUCGUAUUGUAAUGUGUAUAAUGACACAACUUUAUCAUGUAAAACUUUAUCUAGCACAUUUAAUCGAAUUAAUAAUAACUAUAUCAUUAUUGCUAAUGACGAUUUUGUGAGAACAUCAAAAUAUAAUGACCCUGUAAGUGGAAUUAAAGAAGAAUCGACGGAGGCGUUAUUACGUUUAAACCUUGAUGGUGCUUCCUAUUUUUCAAACUCUAAUCAGUCACAAUUGCUUGAUGAUUUGCUACAGCGAAUAAAAAGUAGCAUUCCUUUAUUGAAUGAUCGCUUAAAAAUAACUCAUAAUGUUCAAUCGGAUCCCUCGGAUUCCUCCAAACUUUUAAUCGAAUUUUCUAUUGAUAAGGCAAUUAAUCCUUUAAAUGAUUCUAGUGCAAAUGAUAUUAUUAACGAUUUGGAUUUCAUAAUAAAGAACAAAUAUAUUAGUGCUUUUUCUGAUAAAAAAUUUAUGAUGUUUCUUGACGAACAGUAUGGAUUCCAAGCAAAACCAAAAUGA